GUUGGGUUAAAAGUAAAGUAGAAAUAAUGAAUUAUAUCUGAUUUAGAAAUAUCUGUGAUUUUGGGGGGUUAUUUUGUGGCAAAAAUGGGAAAAAGACAUGAAUUAUAGUCAAAAUUUUGAAGUAACAUAAAGUAAAGUUAAACUAAAUAAUGAGUAAAGUAAAUAAUUAAGGGAGUAAAGCUUUGCACCUCAUAACCAGGAAUCAAUAAAACAAGAAAGGAGCCGUUUCAAAGACGUAUCCCGCCUACUACUACUACUGAUGCUACUCCAUUGACUGGUAACUUCUAUUCAAACGUCUGAUAUUGAAUAUUACUCUGUGAAUACACAAUUCCCGUCUUAAUAGAUAACCUGUGUUGUUAUGGAUGAUCUCUGAUAAUCUGCGAAGGAACGUGUUUUCUUUAGCAUCGAGUUAAUUUUCCUCAAAAAUAUACUCUAGAUUCUCCCUCAGAAGAACCUUCUUUCCUUUGUCAGUUUUGAUUAGCAUCAGGAUUUUGGGAAAUUCAUGUUGUUUAAUGGUACUACAUGGAACAUUACCAAUAGCAACUCUCAAGUGUAUGAAACAACAGUGAAUUAUUGUACGCGUAUUUAACAAAUUUAAACAACAAGUAAAAUUUGUAUUUAAUAUUAGAUUCAUACAUCAGCAGUGAAAUCUGGUUGUAGUCCUUCAAGAUAUUGUACUUAAUUCUUAACAGAUUUAUUCAGUAAUUAUUUGUAAACAAUUUUGUCUUAAGAGUUGUGAAUUGAACACAUUGUCAUUACAGAACAGGACAGAACAUAAGGCUAAAAUGAAUCUAGAACAUUCUUUCGAAUUUCCUUUGAAAAGUGAAACUGAAGGUGCAUUAUCACUACCUUCCAUAAAUCAAGAAAACAGCAACAUAGCUGCCUUUAGUGGAACCAGUGAUGGAGACUUUUUGUCUCUGGAUCCACUGAUGGACAUCAAAAUAGAGCCAGAGGAAUUCUGUGAGUCUAAUGAAGAUGAUGAAUAUUCAUAUGAAAUGAAUUCAAUAGUGAAUGAAAAACAUCCACAAACUUGCAAAAAGGAAGUAAAACAAGAAAGAAGGAUCUGUGACAAUGGAGAGAAGCCUUUCAUAUCCACUGACUGUGAGAAAACAUUUUACAAGAAAAUUAAUCUUACAAGUGAUAUCACAAAUCCUACCAGAGAGAAAUUCAUAUGCAAUGACUGUGGGAAAGCAUUUACCAGGAAAGCUCGUCUUACAAUUCAUAUGAGAAUCCACACUGGAGAGAAGCCAUUCAUGUGCAAGGCAUGUGGGAAAGCAUUUUCCCAGAAACCAAAUCUUACAAGUCAUAUGAGGAUCCAUACAGGAGAGAAACCAUUCAUGUGCAAGGAAUGUGGGAAAACAUUUUCCCACAAACAACAUCUUACAAGUCAUAUGAGAAUCCACACUGGAGAGAAGCCAUUCAUGUGCAAGGAAUGUGGGAAAGCAUUUUCCGAGAAACCAAGUCUUACAAGUCAUAUGAGGUUGCAUACUGGAGAGAAGCCAUUCAUGUGCAAGGAAUGUGAUAAAUCAUUUUCCCAGAAAUCAAUUUUUACAAGUCAUAUGAGAAUCCACACUGGAGAGAAGCCAUUCAUAUGCAAGGAAUGUAGGAAAGCAUUUUCCAACAAAUCAAGUCUUACAAGUCAUAUGAGAAUCCAUACCGGAGAGAAACCAUUCAUGUGCAAGGAAUGUGGGAAAACAUUUUCCCACAAACAACAUCUUACAAGUCAUAUGAGAAUCCACACUGGAGAGAAGCCAUUCAUGUGCAAUGAAUGUGGGAAACCAUUUUCCCACAAACGAAGUCUUAGACGUCAUAUGAGGUUGCAUACUGGAGAGGAAAAAGAAACAACAUGGAGAACUAGAGUUUGGUUUUGUGCGGAUAGUUGUAAGACCAGGUUAGCUAAAUCUUGUUAUGAUCCACAUACCAGAUGUAGUAAAUGUAGAGUUCAAGAGUGCAAGAAAGAAAUCACUUGUGCUGAAUGUUGUGAAUGGGACGACAUGCAAUGCUUGGCUGGCUUCCGAUUCCAACACCAUUGCAGCCUCGAGUCAAAAAUUGAUAUGGAGUUCGAACUUUUAGCGAGUACAAUGAUGGAACUUGGUGCUUCUGUUAAAGCCUUAAUGGAGAAAGGUAGUCAAUUUAGUGUCAGUGCAGUGCACAGUGAUUGUAGACAGUCCAAGGAUAUGGAUAAGUCUCCUCCUCCUUCUAAGAGGACUAAAGAGGAUGUCUUCAGUCUGCAACCUUCAGGCAGUUACGCGAUGUUGCCUCCUGCUUUGUUGGCUCCUCUCCCUCGUUCUGCCUGGGACAGCCCAGAGUCAUUCCCUUGCAUGGAUCAUCAGUAUGUGUCUGCUAAACGUAAGACGGAUUCUUCAGGGCAAGUUUUGUCGGCCUCGAAAUCCCGAGCUGUCCUGGAUUUACCUUGGACUUCUGGACAUAGUGCUCCUGAAGCGGUGCGGAGCUCUUGUUCGGCUGAACAUUCGGCACCAGUUGCUAUGCACCCAUCUUCCCCAACAGCUGAGGCAGUUUUGCCUCACUCUCAGUCGUAUUCUUCAGCUCCCAAUUCUUCGCUCACUCCACUUAAACAACAAUUGGAUGUUAUCAUGUCUCUUUUGCAAAAAGCUCCAACACAUUCCAAAAUGGAAGAUGUGGCAUUAUCGCCUAUCUCUUCAGACGAGGAGGAGGAAGAACAGGAUGCGUCUCUGUCUUCCUAUUCCACGUUGUUGAGAUAUUUUCUCAACAAAUUUCCAGAUAAAAAUUUUUCUUUCCUGCGGCCUGUAUCCCCAGCUGCAACUUUCCUCACGAGGGAACCUGCUUCAGACAGAUUGGCCUUACCCAAGUUAGUUCUCUCUUCAUCAACGAAGAUGGUUUGGAGAGACAUGGACUUCUGGUUAGCUUCAAAGAGAGAGAUGGUCCUUCAAGAUAUUGUACAGAUUUAUUCGGUAAUUAUUUGUAAACAAUUCUGUGUUAAGAGUUGUGAAUUGAACACAUUGUCAUUACAGAACAGGACAGGACAUAAGGCUAAAAUGAAUCCAGGACAUUCUUUAGAAUUUCCUUUGAAAAGUGAAACUGAAAGUGCAUUAUCACUACCUUCCAUAAAUCAAGAAAACAGCAACAUGGCUGCCUUUAGUGGAACCAGUGAUGAAGACUUUUUGUCUCUGGAUUCAUUGAUGGACAUCAAAAUAGAGCCAGAGGAAUUCUGUGAGUCUAAUGAAGAUGAUGAAUAUUCAUAUGAAAUAAAUUCAAUAGUGAAUGAAAAACAUCCACAAACUUGCAAAAAGGAAGUAAAACAAGAAAGAAGAAAUAGUCACAAUGGAGAGAAGCCUUUCAGAUCAACUGACUGUGAGAAAGCAUUUUACAAGAAAACAAAUCUUACAAAUGAUAUCACAAAUCCGAUCAGAGAGAAAUUCAUAUGCAAUGACUGUGGGAAAGCAUUUCCCAGGAAAGAUAGUCUUACAAUUCAUAUGAGAGUCCGUACGGAAGAGAAACCAUUCAUGUGCAAGCAAUGUGGGAAAGCAUUUUCCCACAAAUCACAUCUUACAAGACAUAUGAGAAUCCAUACCGGAGAGAAGCCAUUCAUUUGCAAGGAAUGUGGGAAAGCAUUUCCCAGGAAAGAUCGUCUUACAAUUCAUAUGAGAGUCCAUACGGGAGAGAAACCAUUCAUGUGCAAGGAAUGUGGGAAAGCAUUUUCCCACAAAUCACAUCUUACAAGACAUAUGAGAAUCCAUACGGGAGAGAAGCCAUUCACGUGCGAGGAAUGUGGGAAAGCAUUUUCCCAGAUAGCAAGUCUUGCACUUCAUAUGAAAUUGCAUACUGGAGAGACGCCAUAUAUGUGCAAGAAAUGUGGGAAAGCAUUUUCCCAGAAACCACAUCUUACACUUCAUAUGAGAUUGCAUACUGGAGAGAAGCCAUAUAUGUGCAAGGAAUGUGGGAAAGCAUUUUCCCGGAAACCAUAUCUUACAAAUCAUAUGAGAUUGCAUACUGGAGAGAAGCCAUAUAUGUGCAAGGAAUGUGGGAAAGCAUUUUCCCGGAAACCAUAUCUUACAAAUCAUAUGAGUAUCCAUACUGGAGAGAAACCAUUCGUGUGCAAGGAAUGUGAUAAAGCGUUUUCCCAGAAAUCAAAUCUUACACGUCAUAUGAGGUUGCAUACUAGAGAAGAAAAAGAAACAAAAUUAUAAACCAGUUAAGGGCAGAGAUCUCUCAAAUGACUAAUUAUAUGAGAGAUCAAAAUCACUCACAAAAUCUGCUCAAGAAAAUAAGGAAAAUAAAGAAAAAAAAUACAGAAUAGGGGAUGAACAAGUGAGUGGAAAACUGGCAGAACACCAAGCCAAUAUAAAGGCCCUAGCUUCACAAGUAGGAAACAAACAACAGAAGAUAAAAGUGAAACAGAUAAAUAGGCAGUUUGGUGAAAAUCCAAAGAUUCUGUAUAGGAAGAUGACGAAAGGAACAGUGUAGGUACGAACACCACCGAGCAAGGAAGACCUAGAGAGAUUUUGGAAGCCACUGUUUGAAGUUCUUAGACAACA